AUGUCAUCAUUUUCAGCGAUAUCCAUCACCAACUCCUCCUUCUCUAUCGCUGCAAUAACAUAUAAUGAUAAAUAUGAUUAUCAAGAAAUUGAAAUUUUUAGUAUUUUGUGUGGAUACGUUUCAGUGAUUUGUUGGAUAUUUGCUCUAUAUCCACAAAUAAUUGCAAAUUUUCGUCAAAAAUCAGCUAAAGCAUUAAGUUUAGCUUUGUUAACAAAUUGGGCAAUAGGCGAUGCCGCAAAUUUAAUAGGAUCAUUAUUUGAUGAAAACAAUAAGAAAUUAAUUGGGAUAGUCAUGGGAUACAUGUGUGCUUUUUUAUAUGUGACUGGUAGAUUACCACAAAUAUAUAGAAAUUACAAAAGAAAAUCCGUAAAAGGACUUUCGAUGACAAUGUUCAUUUUAAUAGUCUUGGGUAACAUAACUUAUUCACUUUCCAUAUUCACCAACCCUUUGGUUUUUUUUGAUCUGACAUUUAUCCGAAGUGAAAUACCUUAUUUCAUUAGUUCUUUGGGAACACUUACAUUUGAUACUGUGAUCUUUUUACAAUGGAAGUAUUAUUCUGUUAGAAGAGGAAUUUAUGAUGAGGAAGGAUUAGAAAUUAUUGUGUAG